AUGGAGAAAUCAGUGGAGGUUGUUGAGUUACAAGGGCCAUUGAAACUGGACCCAGAAUGCUUCGGUUACUAUAAAGUCUCGAUCCAGCAGGUCAUCUCAAGUAUUGACAUGGAAGCUUGGUUUGCAGUGGAGGACGGCUGGUCUCAUCCAACUGAGAAGAAUGAAGAUGGUGAACUGGUGCAAAAACACAGAAAGAAGUGGACAGCUGAAGAAAAGGCUGAGGCCAAGCACAAUUCGCAGGCGUUGUCUGUCAUCUUCAAAUCUCUGCCAAGAAAUAUCUUCAACCAAGUUCAAGGUUGUGUGUCAGCUAAAGAGGUGUGGGACAUUCUGGUCGUCACUUUUGAAGGCACUUGUCCAGUUAGGCGCACGAGGCUGGACAAUCUUGCAUCUGACUUUGAGAACCUGCAGAUGACUGAAACCAAAUCUGUGGCAGAUUAUAGUAGUCGGUUGAGUGGUAUUUCUCAAGAGCUUGUUGAAUCUCAGAAGCUUGAAGACGAAGAGAAGGUUGGUCUGUUGGUUAAGAAGUAUUUUCGCAAGAUGGAAAGAGGAAGAGUGAUAAGUCAGUGUGCUGAGUGUGAAGGGUAUGGGCAUUACAAGGCUGAGUGUCCAAACAACAAACGAAAGCACUCCCUACAAUGUUAUGGAUGCAAGGGUUUUGGUCAUACCAAGACCGAUUACCCCUCACAAGGAAAUAAGCAGAAGUCCUACAUCACAUGGAGUGAGAGUGAUUCUGAUGAAGAAGAUAACAAAGGUGAAAUUCUGAACAACUUUGUGGCUCUGCUGGGAGUCAUCGAAGAAGAUGAAGGAGACGAAGCUCUGUUGUUAAAAGAAGACUUUGACAAGAAGAUUGAGUCUGACUCAGAUGGAGAGGAGGUUGACUUGUCAAUGGAAGAUCAGAUAGGGCUUCUUAUUCAGACUAUUGUGCAAAAGACACAAGAUAACAGUGAGCUGUCUGUCGAGAGAGAUACGCUUCAGAUGAACAUUGCAAUGCUGUCUAAGGAACUAAGUGAAGAAAAAGCCAAGUCUCUGCGUCUUGAGAAGCAAUUGGAGGAACAACUGAAGAACAUUAGGAUGCUGAGUAAAGGAACUAAAGAUAUGGACAUCUUGCUCAGUACUGGACAAUCAAGCACUGCAAAGUGGGGUUUGGGGUAUCAAGGAAUCAACUCUGACAAGUCCACGCAAUUUGUUAAAGGGCAGAACUCUGAGCCGAAACUCAAAGAACAACCUGUUGCAUCAAACGGUCAACGUAAUCAGUUCCCUAAGGUGAACCUGCAUCCCAGGCAGAUGAUUAUGCAGCAUGAGAAUGGUGGUUUCUAUCCAACUGUUAGAAGAGUUAGUCAAGGGUAUGUCAGGAAAGAUGAUCUCUAUUGUCAUGUUGCGUACACAGCAGAUAGAACUGAGGUUAAUCAGGCUAAAUGGUAUUUUGACAGCGGAUGCUCCAGACAUAUGAUAGGUGCUCUUGACAAUUUGUCUCAUAUAGAAGACGUUGCUGGUGGAAGAGUCACAUUCGGAGAUGAAGGAAAGGGCACAAUCCGAGGAAAGGGUGCAACUAGUGGUGACACUCAACCACAUCUAAAGGAUGUGUUCUUGGUGAAUGGUUUGAAGGCCAAUCUGAUCAUUGUCAGUCAAUUGUGUGAUGAAGGGUUGGAUGUUACUUUUACCAAGAAGGACUGCAAAGCCGUUGAUCAACAAGGGUCUGUCAAACUCAGAGGAAGACGAUCUGGGAAUAAUUGCUAUAUGUGA